GUGAUUAUCACGCUCGCCGUAUUACGCGUCCUCACAGCUCCACAACCGCGCCCUCCUUGUCGCUCGUUACCUACCUACGCUGUACCUCACUAAGACGACACUGAACAUAUCCACUUUGGACUUUGGACGAUACCUACGCCUAUGAUUUCAUAAUUCGACCCGUAUACCAGCGCCGUAGUUGUCACCAUGCCGUCUUUCCUCAGAAGCCUUGGUAGGAAGAGCAGCCGUAUGUCCAAGAAUGGCGACAAGCAAGCGAAUGGUACCGACGCCCAGAACGGCAAAGGCUUAGCCCAUCGCGUGUCUGCCUCUACCUUGAACUCGUCUCAAGUUGGCUCGUCGACGCCCUCUACCACGCCAGCCACCUCUACCACCGACGAAGUCAACACUCAAACUAAAGACCUUACCAAUGGCCCUACACCUGCGCCCGCGCGACCUCAGCGACCGACUGUCGACCCCGUGAAACGUUAUAGCAUGAAUGGUUUAGCAUCGCCUACCUCGACCGGCUCCAACAGCUCUUUUAAUAGAUCUUCGUUACUCGCGCCGCGCAUCCUAUCCGUCUCGGACAACUCAUGGGUACAUCAACAAGUACUGCUGAUAUUCGGGCAGAUCGGCGAGGCGCAGAGCAAACCGCUGGACGGCACACUUACGGUUAAUCACCAUCAGGGCCGCUUCCCAUCUACUUGCUGGCCAGUACACGACUCCUACUUCAAGGCCUUGGUGCACCUGGAGCCUGGCUGGAACAGGAUCCGACUUGACUUUGCCUCGCCCAAGGUCUCCUCACCGAACACUUCCGUACCCGCACAUGCCUCUUUCAUCAAUAUUAAUUACCUCCCAUUGUCGCACUCGCCACCUCUCCAGCUUGCGAUCAUACUAGGUCAUGAUUCUCCCGGUACUUACGACGCCCCACCAGAGCGCAUCGAGCGAGAAGGUAACGGCCUCGAGCUUGCGACCAAGAAAUUCCGUAUGGCUGCGUAUCUUUGGCAAGCCUUCACUGGCGAGCAGAUGAAGCGUUACGGAUUCGGUCGACGCUGCUUCCGAUUUGAAGAUGCCUGGGAACCUGGAACGCUAAGCUACCAGGAUUGGGAGCACAACCAAUACCGGACGCAGGCCAAAAUCCACGUCAUUCGCUCAAGAAGGUCUGUCGCUGAAAUACGCGAUCUAGAACGCGCACAGCAGUACGGACCAGGAACCAAGAAGAACGAACUUUUCGACAUCGCCAUAGAAGCAUGUAGAGACUACUUUCCCAUGUUACCAGGCCAGAAACACUACGUCUCUUGUCUGUUCCUCGACACGCAUUGGGACACGCAAGAGAACACAGUUCGAGGACAUGCGGCUCUCGGCGGGGGCACUGGAGAUCUGCAGCUAGCCAUCUUUGGCUCCCAUGCGCUCCACAGCUAUCCGUCGAGCAUCGAAGAAGUUUUCCAGGCUUUCCAAGACUGUACGCAAACCAACACUGCCUUCGUCGCCAAUGACUGCAACGAAUCCGGGAGCAACUGGGAAGCUGCUAACAUAGGCAUUGGCGCCCACCUGCAUGAGACGGGUCAUCUCUUUGGUUGUCCUCAUCAGGAGUCGGGUGUCAUGUUACGCGACUAUGUUACAUUGAACAGAACCUUCACUUGCCGAGAACCCUACUCAACCCGCACCAAGUCAGCCGGUCAGCGGCUAGUUCUGCCAAACGAUGAGUGCAGAUGGCACAAGCUCGAUGUCCUCCGUUUCCGAUUUCACCCCUGUUUCCGCAUACCGAUCGAUAGCCCAAACAUCAAUGGGGAUGGCAGUGUCCAAGUGUGGACAGUCGAUGUUAGUCAAGGCGGCGUCAUCGCAACGUCGAAAUCAGGCAUCGCAUGGGUGGAGCUGUACACCGAGGGAGAGGAGGUUUGUCACUACUGGAAAGAGUUUCCUGAACAGGACAACCAGUAUCCACGACAGGUUGCACUGGAAGAAAACACGCUUCGCUCUUUGUUACCCAAAGAGAAGCAAAAGUCGCGCCUUAAGCUCGAAGUCUACUCUGCUGGUGGAGGGAAGCACGUGGUGGAGGAUUUCAGUCAGCUUUCCAAUCAGAAGAACUCCCGUGUCAAGAUACCGGACGGGCGAUGGGGCUACCGCGGUGGCAAGCUCGGCUACUCGCAGAUGCAGGGCUCACAGCCUCAGGAAGUCAUCUUCGAUUACGUCCACAUUCAGACCAAGCUUCUGCUUAGCAUCAAAGUGUACCAUGGUUCCGCGGUGGAUGGAUUGGAAUUUGUGUAUGAAGACACACAUACCCAACUUUUCGGCAAGCGAGGAGGUAGCAUCUCUGAGUUUGCCCUGGACACCCGGAAAGGAGAGCUGCUACUGGGCUUUUCUCUGCGCGCCGGUCUUUGGAUCGAUGGUCUACAGAUACUGACAAGCUUGGGGAGGAAGAGCGAGUGGUACGGAAACCCGAAUGGUGGCAGCGGACACACGCUCAUCCCUCCCCGUGGCUACACCAUCGGCGGCAUAUCAGGCUCCUGCGCACAAUGGCUCGACGGGUUCUCUUUGAUCAUCACGCGGUGAUUGUAUCACUGCACAACUUGACAUACUUUGUUUGUUUGCAUUUGCGACAAUGUCGCCACCCACACCAAGAUAGACGUCCCGAUCGUCGAGCAGCUGCAAGAAUACAUGAUCAUACUGCGUUACCAUCGCCAUGGCGGAGGUUCCAGACAAGCUAUCUUGUACCUUUUCUGCAUGUUUGCAUACUCCAUCUCUGGAGAGCUUGGCUCCUUGCAGCGCUUGGGUGGGCAUCGGGUGUACCGGGUUACAAACUGUCUUGAUCCUGUUUGAUGGAACUUUCCUCUUCCUGUUGUUGGUUCAGGAAGGGUUGAAUCGCAGAUUUAGAACCAUGAUACCACAGUCAUUGAACUUGACUUUCUCUGUAGUAGUAACAAUUCGAAUAGACUUCCUAAUACAUGGGGACUUGCAUUGAGAUGGUGAUUACCUUCUGAUAGCUUAUCUUUUACAGACAUAGUGCAGUUUC